ACUUUUUAAUAAGUUUGCUAGCCAAACCCACCUGACUUUCUUUUUCAUUACCUAGGGCGCAACCAGCAUCGUCAAAAACCCUAAACCCUCUCUUGAUACUGGAAACUUCCGAACCCAUGCCCAAAAUCCUCCUCUCAAUUCUCAAUUUUCUUCAUCUCUGAGGAACGAAACCCUAAAAGAAACACAAUCAUGAACUCUACUCUAUCCACUUCGUGUUCAUCAUCGCCAUUUUCUUCUUUCCUCCAUAUCAAGACACCUUCACUUGCCCAGCCUUCAACAGUCCGUUUUGCCACUGCCAAACCCCAGCGUUCUCUUUCUGUCACCUCUCUUCAUCACAAGCCGACUUCCGUUGCCGACAAACCCAAGCCUCCUCUCAUCCAAAACCUCAAAUCCAUUGCCAAAAUGGUACUUCUCAUGGGCGUCGGGGUGUCUAUCGUUGGAAAGUUCUCACAUUUGCCUGCAAAAGCGGAGUCUCCGGCCGCCGUCACGGGGCAAGGUCUCGAAGAAGCAGAAGCAGAAGAAGAGCGCGGGAAGAUCCACUCUCAAGAUGACCAUCCAUCGCCAUUGUCCAAGCUUCUUGAGUCUAAUAGCGAAACCGUCGACGUCCUAAGGUCGCUUUUGCAACAAAAACUCGAAAAUGGCGAGGACGAGGAGGCUCUCGAAAUCUUGAAGCGGUUGGUUUCUGCGAAGCCGGAAGAUACCGAAUGGAAAUUCUUAAUGGCCAGACUCUUGAACGAAUUAGGUCAGCCGGAAAAUGCACGCAAUGUAUUCGAAGAAAUCCUUGCUCAAAACCCACUAUCCUUCGAGGCGUUGUUCGAGAAUGCAUUGUUGAUGGACCAAUCUGGGAAAGGAGAUUUGGUGAUACGGAGGCUGGAGGAGGCGCUAGCCAUAGCUGAGGAAGAGAAGAAGGUGAAGGAAGCAAGGGACGUGAGAUUGAUAAUUGCACAGAUACAGUUCUUACAGAAGAAUGUGGAAGAGGCAUUGAGGAGCUACGAGGAGUUAACAAAGGAGGACCCUAACGAUUUCAGGCCAUACUUUUGCCGGGGGAUGAUAUAUAGCUUGCUCGACAAGAAUGCCGAAGCUAAAGAGCAGUUUGCUAAGUACAGAGAGCUUUCACCGAAGAAGUAUGAGGUAGAAGGUUACUUGAGGACCCCAUUGUCCAGGAUGAAGUUGUUUGGAUCUAACGAAGAGAAAUGAGUUGGUGGGUGUUUCCAAGUUUUUGGUAAUAAAGAUUUUAGACAGUUUUCCUCUGGAUGAUCGCAGAGGAGUUACAGGUACUCCGUUAAAGUUAUAAUACUCGUGUUCCAAAACUUACAUGAAAACUUGAAACCGAUAUUAUAAUAUCUUUGAAGUUUUCACCAGUGGUGAUAGUAUUAGAGGAAUAAAAGGAGAGCAAACUUCUAGAAAAUCAUAGAAAAGAAUUCCUGAUUUUUACUGAAAUAGAAUGUAAUAGAUGUGUAUUUUUUACAUCAUGGGCUUUUAAUUAGUAGCUUUGAUGAUAAAUGUUCAUAGUUCAAUGUUGUAGAAGAAAAUGUUAUGAUAGGAGAUGAGUAGUAGUUUCAUCUUCUUUUCCUCAUUUGAGGUUCAAUUGUGCACUUCAAAGAACAAUGGAGAUUCCAAUUUUUCUUGAAA